CGCGACGACACCGCCCUAUCCUCAUUGGCUGGAGCGGAAGGGGAGGGGCGCAGCGGCGGGCGCGUGCGCCGUGGCGCGGUGACGCACCGUGCGUGCUGACGUUGCGCGGCGGCGACGGCGCCUCGGAGCGCGGCGGCCGGCCUCUCCCUGGUUCCCGCAGCCCCCCAUGCCCGCCGCACCCCGCGGGGACCCCGACUCCUGCGGCAGCCGCGACCGGGGCCGCCUCGCCGCCAUGUGAAGGAGGGGGGGGCGCACGGCCCGACCCCCGCGUCCCCCCCCAGCCGCGCCGGUGACCGCCAUGAUGUUCCGGGACCAGGUGGGGAUCGUGGCCGGGUGGUUCAAGGGCUGGAACGAGUGCGAGCAGACGGUGGCUCUGCUGUCGCUGCUCAAGCGCGUCACCCGCACCCAGGCGCGCUUCCUGCAGCUCUGCCUCGAGCACUCGCUGGCCGACUGCCCCGACAUCCACCUGCUCGAGGCCGAGGCCAACAGCGCCGCCGCCAUCAGCCAGUGGCCGCAGGAGCCGGCGGAGGCCCUGGUGGCCCUGCUGCUGGCCCACCUGCCGCUGCUGCAGCCGGGGAACGCGGCGGCCAAGGCCGAGUACAUGAAGCGGCUGCAGAAGGUGCUGGCGGACGCCAUCGAGCGCAACCGCUGCGUGGAGGAGAGCCGGCAGCUGCUGUCCUACGCGCUCAUCCACCCGGCCACCACGCUGGACGACCGCAGCGCCCUGGCGCUCUGGCUGGGCCACCUGGAGGAGCGUUUGGCUAGCGGAGCCGCCGGCAGCCCGGCGCCGCGGCCGCCGCCACGGCCCAGCGCCGAGCCCGCGCCCAGCAGGAGGGUGGCGCACCACGAGUGGCCCGAGCAGGGCUGGGCCGAGGGGGGGGCGGCGCCCGCGCCCCCCCGCGAGAACGGGCACCCCAGCUUCCAGCAGCCCCCCGGGAACGGCGGAGACAUGGGGGGAGCGGCCCUGCCCUGCCAGCUGCACCCCCCCAGCCCCAUCAAACGCUCCCUGGCGCUGGUGCCGGGGGGGCAGGAGUGGCCGGGGGGGGGCGGCCCCAGCGAGGACCCCCCCCGCGCCGCCCCCCCCCAUUUCGGGGAGCCCCUGUCCCCCCAGAGCAGCACGGGCUCCGAGCAGCCCGACGAGGGGGGGGCCGGCGGCAGAAACACCUUCCAGGAGGACGGCAGCGGGAUGAAAGACGUCCCGUCGUGGCUGAAGAGCCUGCGGCUGCACAAAUACGCGGCGCUUUUCUCCCAAAUGACGUACGAGGAGAUGAUGACGCUGACCGAGCGGCACCUGGAGUCGCAGAACGUCACCAAGGGCGCGCGGCACAAGAUCGCCCUGAGCAUCCAGAAGCUGCGGGAGCGGCAGAGCGUCCUGCGCGCGCUGGAGAAGGACAUCCUGGAGGGCGGGAACGUGUGGUCGGCGCUGCAGGAGCUGCAGCAGAUCCUGGUCACCCCCAUCAAGGCCUUUCGGCCCCCCCCGGCCGCGCCCCCCCCCGGCCCCCCGGACGGGCCCCCCCCGGGGGCCACCGAUGCCUUCGCCCCCCCCCCCCACCCGGCCGGUGACACCGAGGCCCCCGCGGCCCCUGUCCCCGACGGGGACAUCCCGGGGCAGUUCACCCGCGUCAUGGGCAAAGUGUGCACCCAGCUGCUGGUGUCGCGGCCGGACGAGGAGAACAUCACCAGUUACCUCCAGCUCCUCGAGAAGUGCCUGAGCCACGAGGCGUUCACGGAGACGCAGAAGAAGCGGCUCCUGUCCUGGAAGCAGCAGGUGCUGAAGCUGCUUCGCGCCUUCCCCAAGAAGCUGCCGCUCGACCCCCCCGGUUAUCGCCCCCCCAAGGGCUGGGCCUUCGGCUCCAACUCGCUCCCCAUAGCUGGCUCUGUGGGGGGGGCGGGGGGGCGGCGGGGGGGUCGGCCCUUCGCAUUGCCCCCCCGGGCGCUGCCCCCCACCCGCCUGGGGCUGCUGGGACCCGCGGGGGGGGCGCCGCCCCCACGGCCCCCGCUGGCCGGGCCCCCUCUGGGCACCCAGGGACGCCAGAGCCUGUGGUUCGGGGGGGCCGGGGGCUCCCCGGGGGGGCGCAGCGCGGUGCAGCGCACCCACUCCCUGCCCGUCCACACCUCCCCACAGGCCCUGCUCGCCUUCCCACAGGAGUGUCCCCCCCCCGGCACGGACCUGGAGAUCAACCCGACGCUGGAGUCGCUGUGUCUGAGCAUGACGGAGCACGCGCUGGGGGAUGGCGCAGACAAGACCUCCACCAUCUGAUGGCGCCGGCCCCUCCCAAACUGGGGGGGGUUCCCCCUUCACCUCCCAUGACCAGUCACCCUCCCAGGCUGGGGGGGGGCGGAGGGGCCCCCCCCG